GUUCUUCUAGAUGACGUAGUGGUUACGUCAGGAGUUUGUCGACCCCUCGAUACWUUGCUAAUCGUAGAAGACGGUUCGAUGUGUGUAUGUAUAUCUGUUGUAGUUUUGGCCAUGUCGCUAGAAAAUUAAGGGAAAAACUCAUGUGACGGGCAAGCGAUCGGCGAAAAUCUCUCUCAGGUGAGGCUCCUUCGAUGUUCUAGGCCUUCGAAGGAACAAUCGGAGUCCUACGACAAAUCGUGAACACUGUUGGUCGUAUUGCAACAUGGAAGAGAGGAAUAUGACUCCUAAACAUCAAGCGGUUGUGGACAAACUCCGUGAACGAUUAGUGCAWUACAGAAAGCGUCACUCCGAUUGCCAGAGCAAACAGGAGCGAUCGCUGGCGGUGCUAGAGGACCAGGAGAGACAAGAAGCGAUGAUGCUACUGAACAAACGACCCUUAGAGGGUCGUAAUACGAAGCUGUUCAACGCAAAAAUGAAACAACAAGAUUCAAUGCCGAAGAUGGAGCAUCCAUCGAAUGGACUGGAGUUGAAGUCUACUAAUGCAAUUCUUCAGCAGCGAAUUAUCUCAAAGCGGAAACACGACCAGGGAAUGAAUAAUAUUCACUUGAGCUGUGACAACGAAAAUGGACAAAUUGGAGGCGAAAGUUUAUCGAAAUAUCCGAGAGCGGACGACGUCCAUAAUUCUUCUCUGGUAUCGCAUGAACAUCAAAUAUCGUUACCUUCCUCGCAAGCUGAACAACAACAACAAUCUGCGAAUCAAGGAGAUUCAUUAUCUAGCGAAACUAUGCYCUCUGGAUCGGUUAUGGGAAGUAACGGUCACUUUGUUGGGGAUACUUCGAGGAGUUCACCGUUGUUAACUUCGUCAGGAGCUCAUCCUUCCGAGACAUAUCAAAACGCCAACAGGGUAGCAUCGCCGAACUCUUUACCUCCAACAGAGUUCAAGCAAGAAUCGCAUUCUAUUGCAGUUUCAUGUGAUGGCGGUCGAACUGUACGUAGUAGAUCGCGCGAUAGUAUACCUAAUGGUUUAGGUCGUACUAGUACAGAGAAUAAAUCUACCGAUCCUAGCGUGGGUCAUGAAUUACAGCAACAGCUUGAUGACUUCCAACGCAUUCUUAAUGAUAUGUUCAAGAACGCUGGAAUUCCUUCCAUAAAUUCCGAGAUUUCACCUCAACAUCACCAGAUUUCUCGACCAGCACAAUCACAAAUUGAUGCUAGGGAUACGCUAAAUGUUCAACAGCAAAAUCCAACUGUCCCAAACCAAGCCACUGGUCAGAAAAACAAAUACCCUACCCCUCCCUCCCAAGGGCCCCCUGGAGCACUUCAUUUGCAACACUUGGCCAGGCAAGCACAAAGCCAGAGGGCCCAAGCUGUUUCUGGGUAUAUGGAUGGACAGGAACCAAAUGCAAGUCAGCAAUUUCGAUCACAGCAAAUGCAGUUCAUGGAUAGUAUUAGAUUUGCUGUUUCAGGUACCCAACCACAAAUGCCAAACCAAAAUGCAAAUCAACCUGCUCAAUUCUCUGCUGCGGGUCGUUUUCGUGGUUCAAUGGCAACAGGUGCCGAUCAGUUUGGGAAUAUGUAUUCAUCAAAGGAUCAGAAUCACAAUGUCAUUAUGUCGACAGGAUUUUCUAGCAAUACUACUCAGUCACUGCAAUACCAGAGAAUGAUGCAAAGCCAAGCCCAACAGCAGGCAUUAUACUCAAGGUUAAAUCAGCAGCAAUCUAUGUCUCACCGGCUCUCGCAUCCCAGUAUUCCAGAACACCAGCAACCCCCGUAUCAGCAAUACCCCACACAAGUUACCAUGUCACAAACAGUCCCUCAAGUCAACAACAAUAUGUCUAUGCAGAACCUUCCUCCAUACACUAAUGGUGGAUACCAAAAUUUACAGUCCUCACAGACGCCAUUCCAGCGACAAAUGUCCAUGCCGUUACCAGGACAGGCUUACCCUGAGCAGUAUAAUCAACAGAUGAAUCAGUAUACGGUUGGCGAUCAGCAAGUACCUUCACAAGCACAACCUCAACAAACAGACAUGUCUUCUACUGCAUAUCAUUUUAAUCGACGCAAUUCAUUCMCGUUGUAUCAUCGUACUAUKAGUCAGCCUGCUCCAUCUUAUGGGCCACCAGGCACGGCAUACCAAGGACAAGUGAAUCAAAUGCGAAACAAUAUACCACCCGGACAGAAUCCUGCUAAUGCUAUGAUAGAUGGCAGGACAAACACCACAGCAGGAUAUAAUUAUAAUAAUAGAACUACAGGCUUUCCAUCGCAAUCUGCAAUGCAAGGACUUAUGCAGAUGCCGCAAAGAAGCAGGGCCGCCAUGACUCAAUCUGGGGCUAUGCCUCCUUCAAGACCAGAUCACCAGACAAUGGGCUAUGGCACAAAUUUAAGAGACUCAAGUAGACAGAAUAUUUCACAGGAAAUGAAAUAUUCCACAAGGAAUGACAUUCCUAAGGUAACAAGGGCACAAAGUUUUUCUGACCCUUUGGCUCUCGACAAUCCAACCUCGACUGCAAAUUCAGAUUCAAAUUAUAAUCCUUUUUCACCACUAGGCUCACUAGAGAAAGCACCAUCUUUUGCAUCACUUCUCGAACAAUCAUCAGGUUCUCUGAAUAACUUGGAGACAACCUAUACUGGCUCUAUUCCAAACUUAGAUCUAUUAGGUGAAAUUAUUGGUUGAUGAUGGUCGUACUAUUGCUUGCAUAACAAGAAUAUAUUCAAUUAUGUAACUGUAUAAUACAGCUUGUGUUAGUGAAUGAAUAAAUCAUUGACAAGUUCCGAUUGGUUGACAAGGUUUUUCCCAUUUAGGUAUUUCUAAGUUUCUAAGGUGUUAUGUCCUUUAUCUAUCUCUACCAAGAUUUGAUUUUAAAGCUCAAAGUACUCAACUAUCUGUUGAAGGACUUUGUGACAAUAUGUUCUUGCGAAUCCAUUCUUGCUAUCCUUCAGUUGUGAUUGACAAGGCAUCUUGUUGUUAAACCACAGUGCUUUUGAAAAUAUGUAUCCACACAAGCAAUGUGUUUGAGAGCCCGUUCCAUGUGCUAUGAUCUAACAAAAGAAUAUAUCCACUUAUUGAAAUCAAACCUUUUAUGUUUUAAAUUUAGAAUAGGUGAUGAAGGUUUUUAGUUUGUUCUUCUUAAGUUCUGGACAUACUGAGCAUGACAGGACUGUUUUCUAUUAUUAUUACACUAUGAUAGUCRAAAGAAAUGCUAUUUUGUUAUUGAAAUUGUGUUAAGGCAUGGUCUUUUCACAGGGUGUCUUACAAUUCAAUUAUUUCAAAAACCUUCAAAAAUAGGCUCAAAGUAUUUAAAUGGGAAAAACUUGAGGAAAAAGAUUUGAAACAUUUGUGUUUUCUUUGACAUACAACUAAUAAGUCUUAAAUUACGACUUCUAGAAUAAAAACAUAUCUAUCUAUUGACCAUAAAAUAAUAGUUAUUGCAGCGCAAUACAAAACAUGAUAACAUUCCAAAAAUUUAAUGAACUUUUUGUCAAAACUUAAAAACAGAUGUAUUUAUCAUCUAAGAUAUUUCAUUGUUCUUCUUGAUAUUUUUAAACCUUGUCUAACUUUUCAAAGUAAUUUUGAGAAAAGAAUUUUAUGUUUUUAAAGUAAAUGUUUAAGAUUGUCUGUUAUUUUAUUUGAUAACAAUAGCAUUAAUUAUGUACAUAAAUAUAUUGUCAGGRCAUCCUCUCAACACUAUUGUAGCCAUAAAAUGGUCCAAGUCUUUUACUACGAAAAACAUCGUCUCAAUAAAAAUAUUUGACACAAAACAUU